GGAUACACAAUAUACAAAGUACAUACUGGUUUGCAGUAGCGGGGCAGAAAAUAAAAACACAGUCUCAUACUACAUAUGACACAUUAGUCACGAACGCAGAACGAAAAAUUUUACGGAAUUGUGAUCGAGUUAUAAUAUACGUCGGGCGUAAAUUCCAUUGUUCAAUUGCAUUUUAAUUAUUUUUGUAUCACACAGAGUCAAACAUGUCGACCGCAACGUUUCGCUCGUUCGCCCGUUCAUUCGGGUCGAAAAUGUAAGUCACACCAACAAGUUUGCUCUUAUUUUAUAAUUAUGUUAUAGUAUAUUUGUUAUGUAAACACUAAUCCUCCAUAACGAUUCUUCGACAAAAAUCUAAUUAUUAGUCUACAUUAAAUUCAUUUUCGGCUUUUACUUUGUAGUUGAGAUUCCGGGAAAUAUUCCUAAUUUUAGAUUGAUCAUGAUUACAUAAGUCAUUAAUCAGUAAUAUUGACAAAGAGUUAACCAUACAUUAUCCUGAUCUCUCACAGUACCUAUUUUGCAUCGUUUUAUGUAUGCAAGUGUUAUGACUUUAAUCUAGUUACAGCAUAGGUUCGUUCUAGUUGACUGAAGUUUGUUGGGAAUAAUAGGUAUAUUGUCCUUGAAAAAUCACAAAAUUAAUAAAAUAAAAUAAUUCACCUAUUUCAUUAGGUGCCUGUAAUCGAUGUAGACUACUUUUAGGUAUGGUUUCAAUGCUUUUGUAAUUAUCAAUGCUAAUUAAAACUGUUGGUUAUAAUUUAUUCAGCAUGACCAAUUCUAUUUUCUAAUAAAAUUGACUGUUAAUCGCAUACCUAGUUUAUGUCAUGUCUUCACUGAUUAGUGUUUUAUGAAAAGUAUAUUCAAUUCAAAAUAUAGAUACAAUGUUUAUUGCAUAAUGAUGUAAGGAAAUUUAAUACCUACGAUAAUUACUUUAAGCACUCAUAAAUUUAAUAGGCUUGGAAAAAUAAAAAGUACUUUAAUAAAGAAAUACAUUUUUAUCAUAGCUCAUCAGUAAUAGAUAGAUACAUGAGUUAUGAAAUAUCAUAUUUUAUUUUAAUGAACAGAAUUGAAAGUUAAGAAAUUGAAUAUACUUUUAAUAGGAAUAAUAGGUAUAUUGUCCUUGAAAAAUCACAAAAUUAAUAAAAUAAAUAAUUCACCUAUUUCAUUAGGUGCCUGUAAUCGAUGUAGACUACUUUUAGGUAUGGUUUCAAUGCUUUUGUAAUUAUCAAUGCUAAUUAAAAUUGUUGGUUAUAAUUUAUUCAGCAUGACCAAUUCUAUUUUCUAACAAAAUUGACUGUUAAUCGCAUACCUAGUUUAUGUCAUGUCUUCACUGAUUAGUGUUUUAUGAAAAGUAUAUUCAAUUUCUUAACUUUCAAUUCUGUUCAUUAAAAUAAAAUAUGAUAUCAUUUCAUAACUCAUGUAUCUAUUUAUUACUGAUGAGCUAUGAUAAAAAUGUAUUUCUUUAUUAAAGUACUUUUUAUUUUUCUAAGCCUAUUAAAUUUAUGAGUGCUUAAAGUAAUUAUCGUAGGUAUUAAAUUUCCUUACAUCAUUAUGCAAUAAACAUUGUAUCUAUAUUUUGUUUUGUUAUUGAAUAAAUAUUGUACUUAUAGGUAAUAUAUUUACUAGUAAUGUGAUAAAAUUAAGUAUGAUAAAUUGUUCACAUGUUUAAAAUUAAAAAAAUAAACAUAAAUAUCAAAAACAACACUUUUUACAAACUUAAAUCUUUUUGAAGCAUUUAAAGAGAUUGACAUAAUCAUACACAAAAUUUCCAAAAUUUAUUUUCACAAUGUACCUACAAAAUUCCAAGCCGACAAUACAAAAUUAUUUAAGUUCAAAAAUAAGUACCAUUCUAAUGCUUAUAAUUAUACAGCUAUUAAUUCAGUGGUUUGAACAUUGUGAACUGUAGGUAAAAGACAGUACUUUAUGCCCUUUUAAGCAAUAUAAAACAUUCUAUAAUUUUAAAAAUAAAGCUAAAGUCUUAUAUUUGAUCUAAAAUAAAAGGUUAUUUUAGUUUUUAUUUAAUGAUUCAGUGUUAAAUUAUGAUUUAUGAAUUUUGCAUUUUUUAUAAUUACACAAUACAUCAUUACGUUAUCUAUAAAAAAAAUUAUGUAAAAACCGAAAAUUUGCAAUUAUCAACUUAACAUUUGAUUUGUGUUGUUGUUUCUAAAAUGGUUAGAUUUAGUGUUGUUCCUAGCGCUCCUAUUCCCGGGAACAAAGCACUACAGAUAAAGUCUAGUCAUGGUCUUGUACAUGUCUAGUAGAGAUAACUUACAAUUUAUGAUUUAAUAAAAUUAAUGCUAGUAUAAUUAUAUAUAUAGUCUGUAACACGAAAACUGGCCGUUGGUCCCUCGUCAUGGGUUCUCUCUUACUGUCAAAUUUAACAAAAUCUAACUUAUUAUUUCCAGUUUUAACCAAUAUUGUUCAUUUAGUGUUUCAAGUACCACUAUAAAAUAUUCAAGUUCUUAAUUUAUAUAAUGGUAUGCGAUUCAUGUUUUUUUAAAUUAGAUACAUUUGUAUGAUAACUAAAUUUUAAUAGAAAAUUAAAUUAUCUAUGUUUCUUGAUAUAAAAAAUAAAACAAGCCCUACAUAUUUUAUGAUUGACUAAACUGUUAUUAUUUAACUAUAACACUAUGUUUGAUGUUUUUAAGUGAAAAGCCAGUGCGUACACAUUUGGUCAAUGUGUAUGCCUGUUUGACACUUUCCAUGAUAGCGGCUGCAAUUGGCGCUUAUGUUCAUGUAUACACCAACUUCCUUAGUGCUGGAAUACUUACAGCUCUAGGUGGAACUGGAUUACUGUUGGCACUUAUGUAUACACAAGACAAUGGGAAAAAUCAUACUCUUAGAAUAAGUUAUUUAGUUGGAUUUGCUUUUUUCACAGGUUUGUUUUUAUUUAUAAAUAGUUUAUCUUUUUUAAUUCCUAUAUAAUAUUUAUUAUGUUUUAGGUCUUGGAAUUGGCCCCCUUAUGGAAUAUGUUAUCCAUGUGGAUCCUAGUAUCAUACCAACUACAUUUUUAGCAACCACAUUUAUAUUCACAUCAUUUAGUCUUUCUGCCAUAUUUGCUGAACGCGGAAAAUGGCUUUACCUGGGUGGUAUCUUAAUGUCACUGUUGUCUGUACUCGUGCUAAUGUCUUUCGCUAACUUAUUCCUAGGCUCGGAGCUUAUUUUCAAAGUAAGAUUUCUAAUCUAAAUUUUUAACCAAUUAUUACUACUUUUAUUUUUUGCAGGGUUACCUUUAUAUUGGUCUUUGUCUUAUGAGUGGUUUUGUUUUGUAUGACACUCAAUUAAUUAUGGAGAAAAGAAGAGCAGGCGAUAAAGAUUUUAUUGCUCAUUCUGUUGAUCUAUUUGUAGAUUUUAUUGGCAUCUUCAGACGGUUGCUUAUCAUUCUGUCACAAAAGGUUGUUUUAAAAAAAAUUAAUAUUUAUUUUAAUAUACAAUCUCAAGUAUUUGUUUUAUGGUUUUAGGAACAAGGAUCAAAGAAGCGUAAAGACUGAAUGAUAUUUUAUUAAUUACAAAUGUAAAUUACCAAUUCAAUAUCAACUGUGUACCAACUAUUUAAUAUAAAAUUAAAAUAUUUUAAUACUAGUGGGUUUAUUUUUUUUUUGGUUGGCAAUAUAUUUAUGCAUAUUAUUACUUUAUAAGUCGUAUAAUUUAAGAUAAAAUAAUAUUUAGCCAAUCUAAGGUACUUAAUGGUCUAAAUUGUUAUGUCAGUGUAGGUGUUAUUAUGACAUUUAGAUUUGUUGAAUUCAUAAAAUAGCAUUAUAUAUUUUUCUUAUUUAUCAUAAUGGUUUUCUUAUAAUAAACGACUAAUACGUAUGUUACUAUAAAUUACCUUAUUGUUUUUGUUAUUUACACAAAAUAUUCAAUAAUCAUGUUAGCU